CUGGCAUGAAGACACAUUUGUAAGAUCUAUGAGUGUCCAGGCUGGGGCUAGGAAGAGGGAAAACUCCUGCAGAUCAACUGAUAUUUGUGCCCUUUGCUGAGAUGAGGCAGUAACCUGGCCAGAUGGGCUGCUCGUCUCCUUCUGGCACUGGAUUUCUCAUUUCAGAAGGGCGUUUGUUUCUGCCAGGAUAGCUUGUUGUUCAAAGUACCAUCAAACAAAAUCAAACAUGGGGCAGGCUGUCGUCUCUGGACCGGUAGAUCCAGCUGCCGUUGAGGAAGCAGAUCAUCAACCAACAGACCCAGGGAUGGUCAUGGAUGGCCUAGAAUCUGGGGAAACCACUCCGCCUACCAAGAGGAAAAGUAAGUUCUCGGGCUUUGGCAAAAUCUUCAAACCCUGGAAAUGGCGGAAAAAAAAAAGCAGCGACAAGUUCAAAGAAACAUCAGAAGUUCUAGAACGGAAGAUCUCCAUGCGAAAGCCACGAGAGGAGCUGGUUAGAAGAGGGCUUCUGUUGGAGGACCCUGCACAUGGUGGAGAAGAUUCUGGGAAGUUCAGCCAUACGACAUUAAAGAAUGGCCACACCAUUCCCAUCGGGAAUGCUGGGCCUUCUACUCCUGGCCAGAUGGAGGAGGAACUUGAAAGGAUAACAAGGCGGAAGAAGCCUCUUCCAGGAGAGGAACCAAAGACUCAACCAGGCUCAUCUGGAAGCAGGCCCAGUUCUGAAGUGGAACCCAUUCCUGAGCCGGCACCCAAGCCACUUUUGCCACGGCCCAAAAGACCCUUGUCAUCUUCUCAGGAAGAAAAUGAAGGGCAAGCAGAAGAUGCCACUGGGGGCAACACUGCAAGGACCAUUUCCUCCUCCACCUCUUCCUCCUCUUCCUCCACAGCACCCACUGCCACCACUGCAGUCCCAGGCCUAGCAAAGACAGUUAGUUCUUCCAGCACCCCUUCCCCAGCUCCCAGGACUCUGCCUGCUGUUCCUGUCAGCACUAACACGACUGCUACCUUGAAUGUGACCCACACUGCCCCUGUCAAGCAGCCCCCCGUCCCUCCCCCUAAACCAGCUAACAGAAAUAGUAACCCUGUGAUUGCAGAACUUUCACAAGCAAUAAACAGUGGCACAUUGCUAGCAAAACCUUCCCCGCCUUUACCACCCAAGAGAGGUGUUCUGUCUUCUCUGAUGCCUUCCUCGGAGUCUGCUGCUGCCUCAACAAAACCUCCAAAUGGUCAGAGAGAGGGGAGCAGUUGCUCUUCCUCCAGUUCAGUCCAGAUGAUCCCACCUCCUUCCCCUUCUCCCCCUCUGCCUACUCAUAUACCUCCUGAGCCUCCAUGUUCUCCUCCAUUGCCUCCUAAGACUCUUCAGAUUGUGCCAGAAAUUGAGCAACCCCCUUCCCUCGAAGUAUCCCCAGAAGUCCCUCAACAGGAAGAUCAGGCCUUGGAAGCACCCAAGAAGAUGCCUGAGCAGAGCUUUGCAGAGCCCAGCCUACCCUCUCGGCUUCCCCCACUUCCACUGCAUAUCCGCAUCCAGCAAGCCUUGACCUCACCUCUGCCAGUCACCCCGCCACUGGAGGAGUCUCAAAGGGCGCAUUCCUUGCUAUUUGAAAACAGCAAAGGCUUUUCUGAAGACAAUGGUACGCUGGGCCGGACCAGGUCACUCCCUAUCACGAUUGAAAUGCUUAAAGUUCCAGACGAUGAAGAUGAAGAGGAAGAUGAUCAACCUUGUCCAUCAGCUUAUGUUGGAGAUGUGGCAUCUACCGCAGUCAUUCCUAAGCUUAUACCACAGUGUGUGCAGGAAGAGGAAGAAGAAGAAAAGGGGAGUGACUCUGACUCUGAGGGGCCUAUUUUGUAUAGAGAUGAAGAAGAUGAAGAUGAAGAUGAAAGCCAACACAGUGCUCUGGCUAAUAAAGUGAAAAGGAAAGAUACUCUGGCCAUGAAGCUGAAUAAUAAACCCAGUGAAUCAGACCUGGGACUGAACUCUUGGCCUCGAAAGAGCAAGGAGGAGUGGAAUGAAAUACGACAUCAGAUUGGGAAUACUUUGAUUAGGCGGCUGAGUCAGAGACCAACAGCAGAAGAACUGGAACAAAGGAACAUUCUCCAGCCCAAAAAUGAAGCUGACCGGCAGGCAGAAAAACGAGAGAUCAAACGUCGACUCACCAGAAAGCUUAGUCAAAGACCUACAGUUGCUGAACUCUUAGCCAGGAAAAUCCUGAGAUUUAACGAGUAUGUCGAGGUAACUGAUGCUCAGGACUACGAUCGGCGAGCUGACAAGCCCUGGACGAAGUUAACGCCUGCUGACAAGGCUGCCAUUCGAAAGGAACUCAAUGAAUUUAAAAGUUCAGAGAUGGAAGUUCAUGAAGACAGCAAACAUUUUACACGCUUCCAUCGACCAUGAUGCUGACUUCUGGGGGAGAAACUUAAAGGCCCCCCAAACAGGGCUGCUUUCCUGCUUCCAUCUCUAGAUACAUGGAAGACCCUUUAGUUCUUCACAGCAUGUCCACAGAUGGACUCGCCGCAGUUCUAAGGUGGAUGGCAUCUCUCUGAAUGUAGCAUUUCACUGGAACAAAUCAUCAGAUGGGCCCCUGGGGCCAGACUGAACACUCUGUACCAGUGCUUUUCCACCUCUGUGAGCUGCAUCUCACACUUCAAGGGGAGUCCAGAGUUCUCAGGAGGAUUUUCAGGUUGUACAUUUUGCUGCCCUGUGUGAAGGCGCUCUGGUACUAUUAGUAUAAUACCCUGCCCAGCAGCAUCAUGGCCAAUUCCCCGUCACUCAACCUACCUGGCAUAGAGAGUGGAGGCUCCUGGGAAAAAGACAUGCUGCCCUCCUCCGCCACAGCCCUUCAUCCAGCUCAGCGGACGUAUGGGAAGGUCUUCUGGCCUACUACAAGGGCGUGUCAUUAAUUAAGGCCAGUCAGAAAGCACUGUCAUACCUCUCGUAACACAGCAAUACUCUUCAUCGCACAGUUGGACCUGAAGGGAUGUCCACCAUCCAUUGACUUUUCCAUUUUGACACCCAUCAGCCAGAUUCUUUAUUGUAAAUAGUCUUGAAGAAGUGGUGGGAACAUGUUUUUCCUGGUGAGCUUUUGUUUGUUUAGUCUGAGCUGCAACACCAGAUUCUGAGUUGGUGAAAUGAGAAAUGUGUGUAUAUUUUCUGGAUACAAAAACGAAACAAAAGCUACCCCACAGGUAGGCAGGAAGCUGACACAAAUGUGACUUGUAUAUGAUUGGCUUUUGUAUUUUAUUGUACCAAAUGAUAGGCUGAAUCACUACUGACCAAGAACUGUGUUCUCCUGCAGAACCCAGCUGGAGCGAUUCUGUUGGGGGCAGGGGGUCCCUUCUGUCACCAGCCAGAAGCACAGUCAUGCCCAGUGGGCUAUGGCUCACCGAAUCACAGUGAAGGGACUUUGCACUGCUUCCCUCUCUUGUCGCCAUGGCAGCUUCACCCCAAAGUGGCUGGCCCUCUCCUGCUGCAUUUCCCCUUCAUACCCUUCUCUCUUCCUCUCCUCCCCUCCCUUCUUCCAACAUGCACAUGCUGAUCCUUUCCUCUCCUCUCCCCUGCAGCUCAAACCUCAGCUUAUUUCUCUUCUAGCAGAAUGUAGCAUAUGCAGCUGGUGCCUAGACCCUGUUCCACGUAGGGGUCUCAUUCUUGUUCAUCACUUAUGUCUUAAAAUGGGUGACUCAGAUGCUCUUAGAUUUUGAUAAAAAACCAUCUAACCUCCUUUGUUUCCCUCAGUUUCAUACCCAUAAGAAGAGAAAAAAUGGGUCUUUCUCCCACUUCUGAAUGGUUUUGUGGCUUGUUUGGUGCCGGUUUUCUCCCUUUUUUCUCCCUUAUAGUUCCCUUUGUUUCCUUAGUUUGUCCUCUCCUGUGCUCUAUUCUCUUUUUUCUCUUUCCACAUCAGUACAUCAGUGUGAAGCCUGCCGUGAAAUAUUUGAAUUUCAGGUCUCAACAAAGGGCUAGAAGUGACCUUUAAAGGUGGUGUUUCAUUGAGGGGUAGGGGACGGCAGCGACAGCUGUAUCCACGUCCCAUGGUAAGAUUUAGGAUGAUGGUGGGAAGGCUAAUGAUGGUGCUGCUGAAGAAUGUGAAGCUGAAGGCAGGUGGGCCCAGAUGGGUCCCUGCUCACCUUCCUUUUCCUAGUCAUUCUGCCAGCUCAGGGCAUGGUUGGAGCCUCCCUCUAGCUGAAUGAAGCCCACACCAGCAUUCUCUGGGGUUCGAGAGGACAUUUGCACCCUUCCUUUCACUGCCUUUGCUCUCCAAUCCAAAGGUGCCAAGCUGGUACCAGGUUUGGUGUCCUGGGUUACCAGUCUGCCUUCUGUGUGCCACCGGGGAGCCCCAUUAGCCUUUCAUCUCAGUCCUGUCCUUGGGGGUGGGGGGACCCAGGCUUUUUCAGGGUUUUUUAUAAAAUGGAUUUUGAAUUCCCUUUCCUUGUAAUUAUCAAAAAUUUACAUAAUGUAAAGAAGAGGUAAAGUUCUUCCUAGAAAAACCUGCUAUUUUAGACUUCAGAAUGCUUUUUUGAUGUACAAAAUCUCUUUGUAGAGGAAAUAAUUACAUUGUAUAUCAG